AUGGCGUCUUCGGAGAUCCUGUCGCAAACCCUCUACUCCAUCACCACCAUCAAGCUCGACCAACUUGACAAGCAGAAGAACGAGUAUGAAUCGGCAAAGCGCGCCCUCCUCGACCGUGCCAGCGACGAGCCGGAGCCUAAGCGCCGCGCCCUCCUUCUCGCCGAAGGCCUCGAGAAACUGCCAUCCAUGACUCCUGUCGCCGACAGCUCCACAAUCUCACUCGAAAAUCUGAAGCGUUUCAUCUUGCAGGCCAAGCAUGACCCCUCGGUCUCCCAAGACUUCAUCAACGACUACGAGCAGUCUCUGAGAAACGAGCUCAAUGUCCAGUCAGAGAAGUAUCGCUUCGCCGAGCUGUAUGGGAAGCUUGUGAACGAAUGGAUUUCGGCGGGAAAGGUCGACAGUACCUCCGACUCCGACACAGCAUCCAACGCAGGUUCCGACGCCGUCUCCAGCUCAGGGUUCCUGCCCGUCGGUCGCGCAGAGUCGCACGAGCAGCGUGCAACGUGGGAGGAGUAUGUUUUCACAGCCAAAGACACGGACACGCGCGCCGCCAAGUCUUAUCUCGAGGACCUCUUCCGAUCAUCGUCGAAAGACGUCGAGGAGGCCUUCAAAAGGUUUACUGAUGAACUGGAGGACUUUCAGAAGCGUUGGGACAAGCGGACGCAUUUUGAUGAGCAGGUCUUGACGAACUGUAUCAGUGGUCUCCUGAGAACGGAUAUCCUGACAGACCAGAAGAAGGCGACCUUGAACGACUUUCUCAACAACAAGAUCGUCCUCCGUGAGAUCGCCGACGUGCUCAACAUGCGCAUGCAGACACGCAAGUCCUGGUUGUGGGACUCGGUGUGCACCAUCACCCCUCGCCGCCAGCUGAACGGCCGCUACCGCUUCUACCCGGAUGAGGAUCUGCUUCAAACGCUGUUUCUCUACUACAUCGGGAGGAGCUGGGGUGUGCGGAUACGAUCCGCCUUCUCAGCCUUCCUGGUCGCCCCCGGUGUACCAAAGACGACGGUGCCGCGAAUGGACAAAGAAGAUGCCCGCCGGCGGAUGUUCUUCCUCAACACGCCUAGGUAUCAGAGUGCUGACGGCAGCGUAUACCAAAACUUGGAUGAUCAUUACCAAGCCGAGGUAUUGCUCGACCAGUUGCCAGUGACCAUGGACGAGCAGCGGGGUGGAUACAACCAAGGGGAAGCAGCCGCAAACGACAGCAGGAAGUCUCACAUCAAGGUGGUUCAGAACCUUUUGCAUAUUCUGCAAGCGAGCAUCAUCAUGAAGACUAGACUCGGUCAGGAUAUCACCGUCAUUCGAUCCGACUUCAAGUGGUUCGGACCCAGCGUUCCGCACUCGUCCAUCUACGCGGUGCUCGAGUUCUUUGGUGUUGACGCCGACUGGAUCGCGUUCUUUCGGAAAGCCCUGGAGUGUCCCUUGCGAUUCGAAGAGGACCCUUGCGACGCCCAACCGCAGCUACGGAAGAGAGGCACACCGCUCAGCACGCCAAUUGCCGACUUCUUUGCCGAAUCGAUGCUGUUCUGUCUCGAUUUCGCCGUGAACCAAAAGGCAGACGGUGCGCGACUCUACCGGCUGCAUGACGACAUGUGGCUCUGGGGAUCCGAACAGAGGUGCGUCGCCGCCUGGAGCGCCAUCACCGAGUUUACCGAUCUCAUGGGACUGGCGAUCAACGAGGAAAAGACGGGCAGCGCCAUCAUCCGGCCGAAGUGGAAAGUCCCGACACCUCCAGGAAUCACGAAGGGACUGCCAAAGGGGAACGUGGUCUGGGGGUUCCUCAAGCUGGAUGCAGCGAGCGGACGGUUCCUGCUGGACCAGGACAAGGUGUCGACGCACAUUGACGAGUUGCGGCUGCAACUGGACGCGUGCAAAAGCGUCUUCGACUGGAUCCAAGCGUGGAACAUCUACGGGUCACGGUUCUUCAGCACCAACUUUGGUAGCCUGGCCAAUUGCUAUUCACGGGCGCACGUCGACAGCAUCCUCCAGACCUUUCAACGAAUCCAGGAAUCGCUCUUCCCCGGGGUCAGCGGCGGUGUUGGGGCGCGGCUCAAGCAGAUGAUCGCCGAGCGAUUCGGGGUGCAGGAUGUGCCGGACGGGUACCUGUACUUCCCCCUGUCGCUAGGAGGGCUGGGCCUGCAGAAUCCGUUUGUGCCCAUGUUUCUGCUGCGGGAGUCGGUGCUCGAGGAUCCGGGCAAGGUCAUGGACGACUACAUGACGGAAGAGGCGGCGCGGUACCGGGCAGCGCGAGCGGCAUUCGAGUCGCCAUACGACGACCUCGACGGGACCAACUGGACGAACCGGACAGUUGAGGAUCUGAAGCGCGACUACCCAGACCUCAUAAACGAGCGAUUCUUCAGCUACGACGAGUACACGCGAUACCAGGAGAGGACGUCACGGGCGCUGGGCAGGGCGUUUGACGAGAUGCGCAGGGAGCCUGAACCCGAGCCGCUGCGGGAGAUGGAGGAUGGCGUGUGCUCGGGGCCGGCAUGGCAGAAGCUGUCGGCGCAGGAGCGAUGGGUGUGCCGGCAGCACGCAAAGGACAUGGUGUCACGGUUCGGGGGCCUGGCCGUGGUCGAGCAGGGUCUGCUGCCGAUGGGCAUGAUGGGCAUGCUGAGGCAGAGCCGGUUCAAGUGGCAAGGGUGA